UCGGAGAGCCAGGAGAACGUGAGCAGACAUGUUUGAAGCAUCAUCCAGGAAAAUAAGAUCUGUGUUUAUUUGAAGAAUAAUACUGUUUCCUUGUCGAAAUUUGUUUCAUUUAUUGUGAUUGUUGAGCCUGGUGAAAAAUAACAGCACUUUUCUUUUAUACGAUGAAAGUUCUCAUUAUCGAACCAGAAACUCUUACUUUUGACCUCCAAGGUCGAUUGGCUUUUACGGUGAGUGGCUAUUCGUUGUGAUUGAUUCUUUUGAUUUCGUACUUCGUGUGAAAUCGAAACAACAAAAUGGGGACUGUGUUAAGCAUAUCUCCCCGAGAUCGUAAGCCUACUUACGGGGAAUUUACUCACAAUGGAUUCAAUUAUGAGCAACUUAACAAUGCCAAAAUGAAGGAAAAGAACGGAAAUAUUGUUGAUAAUCUCAAUCACACUCACAAUUCGAACUUUAAAAAGCACUCUUUAUUUAUCAACGCGCUGAGUUGGAAAACUCUAACAUCGUCCACUAGAAGGAAAUUGGACAAAAACAAAAACUCUUCCCGCCAGCCACUGGACAACUUGAACAAUGUGGUUGACAAUAAAAAGAAUAUUCAAAAAUCAGUGUCGUGCUACAAUCUUAAAACCUCCACAGUGGCGGCCUUGGAUGUCGUGGUUCGAAAUACUGCGGUCGGGGGUGACCGUCACCAUAAAAUGCCACCAUCUUUACCACCAUCCAAACCAUCGGUGUUAGCAGCUCACAAUUUGGUGAGACCACUAAUUAGCCACAUUUCCGGCAGCAGCCACAAAUCCCAUAACCAGCAUUACCAUCAUGGUGCUUCGCUCAAUGUCAACAGCAAAGGCAACUCUGUCAUCAGUCCGAGCCAACAACACAAGAAGACAGUGAUACAGGCGUCAACAUCAGAGUUGCUUCGAUGCCUUGGAGAAUUCCUGUGCAAAAGGUGCUGGAAGCUGAGAGAUAUACAACCAGCUGACGCUGUUCUGUGGCUCAGAUCUGUAGAUCGAAGUCUCUUGCUACAAGGAUGGCAAGAUAUUGCAUUCAUUAACCCGGCCAACGUCGUCUUUCUCUACUUGCUAAUAAGAGAACUAGUAAAUGAAGAUAUCGACAGUGAAAGGGAGCUGCAAUCGGUUGUGCUCACAUGCCUAUACCUAAGCUAUUCGUACAUGGGUAACGAAAUAUCGUAUCCUCUAAAGCCAUUUCUUGUUGAUGAUUCAAAGGAAAGAUUUUGGGAUCGGUGCUUGUUGAUUAUCAAUCUACUCAGUGCAAAAAUGCUGAGAAUAAAUAGUGAGCCUAGCUAUUUUACAGAGGUAUUCACGGAAUUGAAGGGGUGUAACUUCUCAAACUCGUCAACUGAUCAUCACAAAUAGGGAUAACAAUUUCAUACAAAAACAUUCGUGACUACUGUAAUUUAACAAUCAAAAAGUAAGGUAAUGUCUUCUUUUAUUUUCUGAUAAUCUCAUACAUAAUUUGAUUUGUCAUUUAUGAUUUUAAAAAUAUGCUCUAAACAAUAGAUAAUUUAUUCAGUUCAUUUUUGUAUUGUGUAUAGAUUUACAAAGUUUUCCCAAAAAGGAUUUAUAUUUAAAUUUAUAUUAGUUCAUAAUCAUCCUUCUCAUCAUUGACACAUCAGUUUAAGGAGGAAAAUAUUCUCUGUCUUAAGUAAUAUAUUUUAUAAUAUGUUGGUAACUAUUAACACUUACUUUAGCAAUUCAUUAUAAUUUGUUUAAAUAGUUUUCCGUAUCACAAAAGUUACAUUUGAUAAAAAGCAACAAAUAAUUCAUAAAUUGAACCACAAAUUCUUCUUAUUCGCA